AUGAUUAGUAGAAGAUCCAAUGAGAUUGAUACACCAGUGAACCAAAAUACUUUCAGUCGCCAUGGUAGCCAUUCUGAUGACGAUAUAUUUCAAUUCAAACAAUUGAUGCCGCCACACGAACAUAACUACGCAAACAAGCACAGCAUGAUGAAGAAAGCAAAGCAUACUUGUGGUAGUGAUGAUUACAGGAUACUCACAACUGUGAACGAAGAACCAGUUGCUUUCUUCGCAACGCUCAGAAAACAUAUGGUCAACACAGGGGUCCAUCAAGUUAUUCCUUUCGAAAACGUCAUCACAAAUGUUGGCAAUGGCUACAACCCUCACGCAGGUGACUUCAGAGCGCCUGCCACUGGAAUUUACAUAUUUUCCGUGAGCCUGAUGACGUAUCACGAUUCAACGUCUGGUGAUUACGCAAUCCGGAGGAAUGGUACUGUGGUGUCCAGUAUGUAUCUUCGUGGAGAAACCGGAUCUCAAACCGUGGUAUAUGAACUUAAUAAAGGUGAUGAUAUCGCUGUAAUAUGCAUCCAAGCGAAGGAUGAAAGCCUCUGGGGACACGGAUAA